GAGAAGCAAAGAAAGGAGGGGAGAGAUAUGGCGACACUAGCCUCAACCAGAGCGUUUCAUGUCUUUCAUCGUCAUUUUCAGGUGGUGACGCCGAGAUUCCCACGGUCCUUGCUCGAGGCUCCUAAACCCAAGCGGCAUCCUCUUCAUCAACCUCUGCCCUCUCUCUGUCCCUGUGUUCCUCCUCUUACCUCCUCCCCCAAAUCCCUCUCCAUCACUUUCUCUCUUCCUGAUGGCGCUUCUUCCAUUUCAGCGACAAAAGUUGUUGACGUUGAUCUCUCUCUUGCAGUCAAGAAGAAGGCAAUGGAGAUAUCCCCUGUACUGAAAGGGACAUCCAUAUUUCUUAUUUUUCAAUGUAAAGGGAUGAACAGCACCAUUAAAACCAAUGUGGGGAAACUUCUAGCAGAUGCACUACGAUAUUAUCACUUUGACAGUGAUAGUUUGGUUGAGGAAGCUUGCGGUGGUGAAUCUGCUGCCAAGUCUUUAAAAGAGCAAGAUGAGAAGGGAUUUCGUGACUCUGAGACUGAAGUAUUGAAACAGUUAUCAUCCAUGGGUCGGCUGGUGGUUUGUGCUGGAGAUGGUUCAGUUCAGAGCUCAACUAAUCUGGCACUUCUGAGACAUGGAAUUUCAAUAUGGAUUGAUGUACCGAUAGAAAUGGUUGCCAAGAACAUGAUAGAAGAAGGGGUUCAAAUUCCUGUAACAGAAUUAUCUACUGCAGAAUCUUAUUCUGAGACUGGUGAUAACCAGGUGUUUGCUCAGCUAGCUGUGGUGUAUGAAGAAAUGAAAGGUGGAUAUGCAACAGCAGAUGCAUCAGUUUCACUCCAAAAAGUAGCUUCCCAAUUAGGUUACGAUGACUUGGAUGCAGUAACCACUGAAGACAUGGCUAUGGAGGUUCUCAAAGAGAUACAAAGACUGACCAGACUAAAGAAGAUGAUGGAAGAGGCUGCAAGGCCAUUUUAGUUGACAAGCCGAUGUUUCAUUACUUCUGCAGCAGUUCCUUUUGUCCCUGUGGCCCUAUGGGUUAGCCCGCCCCCGGCACCCCCCUCCUUUUUUUUUUCCUCUUUUUCUUUUUGAGUUCACUUUUUACAUCCAGUAUUGUUUGGACCAGAAAUAUGGAAUCAAGUGUUGCCCUGAUAUGUAUAUAAACCUUUUCCACAGGUGGUUGUUGCAAUGGAAAAUUUUCCCGG